UCAAUGUGUGGUUAUGAUUAUUCCCUUGGUUUAUCUUAUUAUUCAAACCCCAACUCCAAAACUUAAAGCGCUGGUUUUGGUUUUAGAGAGCAAAAAAGGGGAGCUGAGAUUUUAGCCAUGGCUGCCACUAAUCUUUCAUGCAUUGCUUCUGGAGUUGUGAUCCCUUCUUCAGCCACCAUAUCAUCUUCUUCUAGGUUAACUUCUGUGGCCUUCUUCCCCAAGAAUCCCAACCCCAUUUCUAGAAGAUUGGUUAUCCGUGCCGCCGCCGAUGAAGCCGCUCCCCCGCCGCCUGCUGCCGCCGCCACCGCCGAUGCCCCGGUUGAGGAGGCUAAGCCUAAGCCUGCCCCAAUUGGCCCCAAGAGAGGUGCCAAGGUGAAGAUUCUAAGGAAAGAGUCCUACUGGUACAAAGAUGUUGGGUCUGUUGUAACAGUUGAUCAGGACCCGAACACUCGAUAUCCAGUUGUGGUUAGAUUUAACAAAGUAAAUUAUGCAAGUGUAUCAACAAACAACUAUGCACUUGAUGAGGUUGAAGAAGUUGCUUAAGCUUUUUAAUGUGAUUUGUGUAUUUUUGAGUUAAAUGCUUGUAUAAAUACUUCCAAUUUCAAUCUAUUUCCCCUCUCUCUAUGAGUGUGUGUUUAGUAA